GACCUGUCCCGGGCGCAACAUAACUAAAGAAGCUGCUGCAGGAUGAAAAGAUGGCAGCACGGCUUAUUGCACCACCCGGCCCUGAUAGUUUUAAACGUUUCACCCCAGAGUCUCUGGCUAACAUUGAGAAACGCGUUGCAGAAGAGAAGAAGAGGAAGCGUCCAAAGCAGGACAGCAGCCACCGGGAUGACGACGAAGACAGCAAACCAAAACCAAACAGUGACCUCGAGGCAGGGAAGAGUUUGCCUUUCAUCUAUGGAGAUAUCCCAAAAGGCCUGGUUGCUGUACCACUGGAGGACUUUGACCCUUAUUAUAUGACCCAGAAAACCUUUGUAGUACUAAACAGAGGGAAAACACUCUUCCGAUUUAGUGCCACACCUGCCUUGUACAUUUUAAGUCCUUUUAAUCUGCUUAGGAGAAUAGCUAUUAAAAUUUUGAUACAUUCAGUAUUUAGCAUGAUCAUUAUGUGCACUAUUUUGACCAACUGUGUAUUCAUGACUUUUAGUAACCCACCUGAAUGGUCGAAGAAUGUGGAGUACACGUUCACUGGUAUUUAUACAUUCGAAUCGCUUGUGAAAAUUAUUGCAAGAGGUUUCUGCAUAGAUGGUUUUACUUUCCUGCGUGAUCCAUGGAACUGGUUAGAUUUCAGUGUCAUCAUGAUGGCAUAUGUCACAGAGUUUGUGGACCUUGGGAAUGUCUCAGCAUUGAGAACUUUCAGAGUUCUCCGAGCUUUGAAAACUAUCUCUGUUAUUCCAGGCUUGAAGACCAUUGUGGGUGCCCUAAUUCAGUCUGUGAAGAAGUUAUCUGAUGUAAUGAUCUUGACAGUGUUUUGCCUAAGUGUCUUUGCUUUGAUUGGACUGCAGCUGUUUAUGGGCAAUUUGAGGAACAAGUGUGUGAUUUGGCCAAUUAACCUCAAUGAGACCUUCCUAGAAAAUGGUUCCAGGGGGUUUGACUGGGAGGAAUACACCAACAAUAAGUCAAAUUUCUAUACAAUCCCUGGGGCCCUUGAUCCUUUACUCUGUGGAAACAGCUCGGAUGCAGGUCAAUGCCCGGAGGGUUACACAUGCAUGAAAGCAGGGCGGAAUCCAAACUAUGGCUACACAAGCUUUGACACUUUCAGCUGGGCUUUUCUGGCUUUAUUUCGCCUUAUGACUCAGGACUUUUGGGAAAACUUGUAUCAAUUAACAUUGCGAGCAGCGGGAAAAACCUACAUGAUCUUCUUUGUCCUGGUGAUCUUUGUGGGGUCGUUCUAUCUAGUCAAUCUGAUCUUGGCUGUGGUAGCCAUGGCUUAUGAAGAGCAGAACCAGGCCACGCUGGAGGAAGCAGAGCAGAAAGAGGCAGAAUUUAAGGCCAUGUUGGAACAGCUGAAAAAGCAGCAAGAGGAAGCACAGGCUGCAGCCAUGGUCACUUCAGCAGGGACAGUGUCUGAAGAUGCUGUGGAGGAUGAUGGUGGGGGCAGGGUGUCUCGAAGCUCCUCUGAGAUUUCCAAGCUCAGUUCUAAGAGCGCCAAGGAGCGGCGGAACCGGAGGAAGAAGCGAAAGGACAAAGAGCUGUCAGAAGGUGACGAAAAGUGCGACAACGAGAAAGUGUUCAAGUCUGAAUCAGAGGAUGGUAUGAGGAGAAAGGCCUUCAGGCUGCCAGAUAACAGGCUGGGAAGGAAAUUUUCCAUCAUGAACCAGUCCCUCCUCAGCAUUCCUGGCUCCCCUUUCCUUUCCCGGCACAACAGCAAGAGCAGCAUCUUCAGCUACAAGGGGCGCUUCCGUGACCCAGGCUCAGAGAAUGAGUUUGCUGAUGAUGAGCACAGCACGGUGGAGGAGAGCGAAGGCAGGAGAGACUCCCUUUUCAUCCCUAUCCGUGGUCGGGAUCGGAGAAGCAGCUACAGUGGCUACAGUGGCUACAGCCAGGGCAGCCGGUCCUCACGAAUCUUCCCAAACCUUCGUCGGAAUGUGAAAAGGAACAGCACGGUUGAUUGCAACGGCGUGGUGUCUCUCAUCGGCGGCCCCACGUCCAAUGUGCCUGGGGGCCGCCUUCUGCCUGAGGGAACUACUGAAGUGGCAAUCAAAAAGAAACCUACUGGGUCUCUCCUGGUCUCAGUGGAUCAGCUGAAUGCUUCCUUUGGAAGAAAGGAUCGAACCAACAGUAUAAUGACUGUUGUGACCAAUACCCUUGUAGAAGAGUUGGAAGAGUCCCAGAGGAAGUGCCCCCCUUGCUGGUACAAAUUUGCCAACACCUUCCUGAUCUGGGAAUGCCACCCACACUGGAUCAAGUUGAAGGAGAUAGUGAACUUGAUUGUCAUGGAUCCUUUUGUUGACCUGGCCAUCACCAUCUGUAUUGUGCUGAACACUUUGUUCAUGGCAAUGGAGCACCAUCCCAUGACCCCUCAGUUUGAACAUGUGCUGUCCGUAGGAAAUCUGGUUUUCACUGGAAUUUUCACAGCAGAGAUGUUCCUGAAGCUCAUAGCCAUGGAUCCCUACUAUUAUUUUCAAGAAGGUUGGAACAUUUUUGACGGAUUUAUUGUCUCCCUCAGUUUAAUGGAACUGGGUCUACAAGACGUGGAGGGGCUUUCAGUGCUGCGAUCUUUCCGAUUGCUGAGGGUCUUCAAGUUGGCAAAAUCCUGGCCCACGUUGAACAUGCUGAUAAAAAUUAUUGGAAACUCAGUGGGUGCCUUGGGGAACUUGACCUUGGUGCUAGCCAUCAUUGUUUUCAUCUUUGCUGUGGUGGGCAUGCAACUUUUUGGCAAGAGCUACAAGGAGUGUGUCUGUAAGAUCAGCCCAGACUGUGAGCUGCCCCGCUGGCACAUGCACGAUUUCUUCCACUCCUUCCUAAUCGUCUUCCGUGUGUUGUGUGGGGAGUGGAUCGAGACUAUGUGGGAUUGUAUGGAAGUGGCAGGACAGGCCAUGUGCUUGAUUGUCUUCAUGAUGGUCAUGGUCAUCGGGAAUUUAGUGGUGCUCAACCUGUUCUUGGCUUUGCUGUUGAGCUCCUUCAGCGCAGACAACUUAGCUGCAACAGAUGAUGAUGGGGAGAUGAACAAUCUGCAGAUUUCGGUCAUCCGCAUCAAGAAGGGCAUUGCCUGGACGAAGAUCAAAGUGCAUGAAUUCAUGCAGGCACACUUCAAACAGCGGGAGGCAGAUGAAGUGAAGCCCUUGGAUGAGCUGUAUGACAAGAAGGUGAACUGCAUUGCUAACCACAUGGGGGCCGAUAUCAACAGGGACAUUGAUUAUCAGAAGAAUGGCAAUGGCACCACCAGUGGGAUUGGGAGUAGUGUGGAGAAAUACAUCAUCGAUGAAGAUCACAUGUCCUUCAUCAACAAUCCCAAUCUCACUGUCAGGGUGCCCAUUGCUGUGGGCGAGUCGGAUUUUGAAAACCUCAACACUGAAGAUUUCAGCAGCGAUACGGAUCCUGAUGGCAGCAAAGAGAAACUGGAUGACACCAGCUCCUCUGAAGGAAGCACCAUUGAUAUAAAGCCAGAGGUGGAAGAAGUCCCUGUGGAGGUACCAGAGGAAUAUCUGGACCCAGACCCAUGCUUCACAGAAGGUUGUUUCAAGCGCUUUACGUGUUGUCAAGUGAAUAUUGAAGAAGGGCUGGGCAAGUCCUGGUGGACCUUGAGGAAGACCUGCUUUCUGAUCGUGGAACACAACUGGUUUGAGACUUUCAUCAUCUUCAUGAUCCUGCUGAGCAGUGGAGCCCUAGCAUUUGAGGAUAUUUACAUAGAGCAAAGAAAAACCAUUCGAACGAUUCUGGAGUAUGCAGACAAGGUCUUCACCUACAUUUUUAUCCUGGAAAUGUUGCUGAAAUGGUGUGCCUAUGGAUUCGUCAAGUUUUUUACCAAUGCCUGGUGCUGGCUGGAUUUCCUCAUUGUGGCUGUCUCUUUAGUCAGCCUUAUAGCUAAUGCCCUGGGCUACUCGGAACUAGGUGCCAUAAAGUCCCUUAGGACACUAAGAGCUUUGAGGCCUUUAAGAGCGUUGUCCCGAUUUGAGGGCAUGAGGGUGGUUGUCAACGCCCUGGUUGGCGCUAUCCCUUCCAUUAUGAAUGUGUUGUUGGUCUGCCUUAUCUUCUGGCUGAUUUUCAGCAUUAUGGGGGUUAACCUGUUUGCCGGGAAAUACCAUUACUGCUUUAACGAAACCUCCGAGGAGCGCUUCGAAAUAGAGUUUGUGAACAACAAGACUGACUGUGAAGCACUGAUGCCACCCAACUCCACUGAGAUCCGAUGGAAGAAUGUGAAAAUUAACUUUGACAAUGUUGGGGCAGGAUACCUGGCACUUCUACAAGUUGCUACAUUCAAGGGUUGGAUGGACAUCAUGUAUGCAGCAGUAGAUUCCAGAAAGCCAGAAGAGCAACCAAAGUACGAGGACAACAUCUACAUGUACAUCUACUUUGUAAUCUUCAUCAUCUUCGGCUCCUUCUUCACCCUGAAUUUGUUCAUUGGUGUCAUCAUUGACAACUUCAAUCAACAAAAGAAAAAGUUUGGAGGUCAGGAUAUCUUCAUGACAGAAGAACAGAAGAAAUACUACAACGCCAUGAAAAAGCUGGGCUCCAAGAAACCUCAGAAACCCAUUCCCCGCCCUCUGAACCGCGUCCAAGGAGCUGUCUUCGACUUCGUCACACAACAAGCGUUUGACAUAGUCAUCAUGAUCCUCAUUUGUCUCAACAUGGUGACCAUGAUGGUGGAGACAGACACUCAGAGUAAGCAGAUGGAAGACAUCCUCUCUUGGAUCAACCUGGUGUUUGUCAUCUUCUUCACCUGUGAGUGCGUGCUGAAGAUGUUUGCCUUGCGGCACUAUUAUUUCACUGUCGGGUGGAAUAUUUUUGACUUCGUGGUCGUGAUUCUGUCCAUCGUGGGAAUGUUCCUGGCUGAAAUCAUUGAGAAGUACUUUGUAUCGCCCACCCUCUUCCGAGUCAUCCGCCUGGCCCGCAUUGGCCGCAUCCUGCGUCUGAUCAAAGGGGCCAAGGGGAUCCGCACCUUGCUUUUUGCCUUAAUGAUGUCCUUGCCUGCCUUGUUUAACAUUGGUCUCCUGCUGUUCCUGGUCAUGUUCAUCUUCUCCAUCUUCGGCAUGUCAAACUUUGCCUACGUCAAGCAUGAGGCCGGCAUAGACGACAUGUUCAACUUUGAGACCUUUGGCAACAGCAUGAUCUGCUUGUUCCAGAUAACCACUUCGGCUGGGUGGGAUGGCCUGCUGCUGCCCAUUCUGAACCGGCCGCCGGACUGCGACCUGUAUAAGGAGCAUCCUGGGAGUGGCUUCAAGGGGGACUGUGGAAACCCUUCGGUGGGGAUAUUUUUCUUUGUCAGCUACAUCAUCAUCUCCUUCCUGAUUGUGGUGAACAUGUAUAUUGCAAUCAUCCUGGAGAAUUUCAGUGUAGCUACGGAGGAAAGCGCUGACCCGCUGAGUGAGGAUGACUUUGAAACCUUCUAUGAGAUCUGGGAGAAGUUUGACCCCGAUGCCACACAGUUCAUAGAGUACUGCAAGCUGGCAGACUUUGCAGAUGCUUUGGAGCACCCUCUCCGUGUCCCAAAACCCAACACCAUUGAACUCAUUGCCAUGGACUUGCCUAUGGUAAGCGGGGACAGGAUCCACUGCCUAGACAUCUUGUUUGCCUUCACCAAGCGUGUGCUGGGGGACAGCGGGGAGCUGGACAUCUUGAGGCAGCAGAUGGAGGAAAGGUUUGUGGCAUCCAACCCAUCCAAAGUGUCUUACGAGCCCAUCACAACCACGCUCCGGCGUAAACAGGAAGACGUCUCAGCAGUGGUUAUUCAGAGGGCUUACAGGGUUCGUCUAGCCCGACGGGGCUUUAUUAGCAGAAAGCCUGCCUCCACAAAGCUGGAAAAUGGAGGAGCGAAUCGGGAGAAAAAAGAAGGCACCCCCUCUACGGCCUCCCUCCCAUCCUAUGACAGUGUCACUAAGCCUGAAAAGGAGAAGCAGCAGAGGGCAGAGGAAGGAAGACGAGAACGAGCGAAAAGGCAAAGAGACGUCAGGGAAUCCAAGUGUUGAAAUGAACAAAAAUAAUAAAAUUGUACAAAUAAAAAAAAAAAUUGCAAGUGAAAAGAUUGUUUACAAACUUCACAACAUAUAUCGAUACAGAACAGCCGUGGAGACACUUACCUGAAGAUCUUAUACCAAACAUAGUCUGCUUACUGUGUGACAACGUUGCAUCUAAAGCAGUGACCUACCACCUGUUUAAAGGACCCUUAUAAACAAAUGUUUAAAAACAAAAAGAGAAAAAAAUGGAUUUUCUAUUGUUUGGGCAGGUGGAUACUGCAUGUUCCACAUCAGUCAGUGCAACUUAGGACAAACAAGCAAAAUUAAUAAACAGAAAACAAAAACACACACACACAAAAAAAGAAAACCUGCUGCUAGGAGUCAUAUAUUUUCCAAAGCAGCCAAAAAUGGAUUUUAUUUUCUCAUUUUGUUGAUUAUCAAAGGAAAACCCAGAAGUCACAAUGUUAAAGGGUUUGUUCAUGCAAAACUAGAUUUGCAUUCCUGCAUUUAGUUAAGCAGCAAAAAAUGAAAAAAGCAAAACAAACAAACAAAAAGAAACAAAACGGCACCCAUUUAGCCCAUGCAUUCAGUUGUCAUAGUUUAUUUGGUAUUUAUUAUCUGCAUUCUACUUUCUACAUGGGCUUCACUUGGUUUGGGAGUUGGGGAAAUCGGGUAUCUUCAGCCUGGAGACUGCUCAGGCUGAUUCCAAAAAAAUUGUGCUCGUUCAAUGCAUAGAAAUGAUUUGCAUGAUGGCAUGCUGUGACCAGGAAUCAUGCAUGAAGAAUCAUUAAUCCACAAGAAACUCAGUACUCUGUCCACAGCAGUGCGUUAAGCCAUAAGUUCAAGGCACUCCACUGACCACCACACACUGUAUUUGGAGAUUAACCUUAAAUAGAAUCAUGCCCUUCACUGGUAUGUACCAAUUCUUAACGAUCUCUUUCAUACACCCGCCAAUAGGGAAAAGUGAAAUACUGUAAGCAGAUGAAGCAAUUGUGUGCGUGUAUGUUUAACAACCUGUCUUUUCCAUACAGCCAUCUUCUGCACAUUUAAAAAAAAUCAACACACAGAACAAAAAAACCUAAAUGCUGCUCUGGAUCCCAUCUGAGGGGAGAUGAUAGGAAAUUCAAGAAUGGCUUGUAUUACUAUGUCACUGUAAAACCAAAUCUAGGGCUUAAAAGUACCAACCAAUUGAUAAGUUCAUUUGUACCCUGCAAUAUUUAGCAUUCUUCUUCUUCUUGGUUAUUAUUAUUCAGCCUCCCUACAGCAGCAUUGGCACUGUUUUGCAUAGAAGUUAAUGUGCUAUAGGAAAUAGCACAUUGACUGAAGGUGCAAUUUAGGAACUUCUAUAAAGCAAUCGUACGAAGGGAUGGGGAGCACAGCUCGCACAGCAGAGCUGUGGUUCGUGAUGUUGGCGUUCUCGCAUCCUGCGGGCAGGUGGGCUGAGGUGCAGGCAGGUUGCUGAAACUCUUCUUUUGUUCUUCCAUCGAUUACUGCUUUUUGCAGCUUGCACUUUUGACGGUUUUCCUUGCUUCCGUGGCCACAAGGUUUUUAACACAAUGCAACACGUUACAGUUGACAGUCAACUAGCAACGUGACAUGGGGCGCAGUGCUGGGAGUCAGGUGUCAGACAUCCUGUGCCUUCGCCUUCUUCCAUUUCAUACGUUGUCGUACAGUAGUAAUCUCAAGGUCCUGCGGGUUGGGUAGGGAUUAGAGCUACCUCUUGACUAGUCUGAACUCUGCAGGGGUAAGUCUGUGUGGGAAUGUCACAGGGAAAGCUCAAAACUUGGUGUUUCUUAAUGAUCCAAGACCCUCAAACGUCCCCUGUUUCAAUGUGUCCUCCUCGGUCAGUAAACCAGCUGUCAAGUAUCACGUGGGUGAUAUUUCUUCGGGGCAAGCACGUGGAAUAGAUCUUACCAAGGGGGUAAGGUAACGAUGCACCAGAAAGGACAGUUUCAUCUGCAGCUUAAAUAGGGAAGACAGUCAUCUCGGUUACAGUGCCGCUGGGCAGAGGAGGAGGGAGUGGUGAUGGUAGCGGGCAUUGAAUUGGUAGGGUAUAAUGAAGGAAGUAGGAUGUUUGAAUGUGGACCAAAUAAACGGGAUCCAUGGAAGUGGAAAAGCUGAGACAGCAGAACAGGUAAAUGGCAGGAAGUUCAGUUUGUCUAAUCUCACAACCCAGAGAAGUGUCACAUAAAAAACCCCAAGCCAUUGGAGAGACAUCUGUGUCAAGUUGGACUUUCUAAAUGCAGUCUAGCCAUGCCGAUGUCAGUGGAGGAGCUCUACUGUACCUGAUAACAGCGAAGAACCAUUUCUCUCCUGUUAGAUCCUACUCCAGUUACUCCUAGGAUAUGAUGUAUAAUAAAGAUGAAAACUACAUACAUAUGUACAGGCUACAUUGUAAACAGCACAAAAAUAGCUGAAAAGUGUGGUUGAACUUUUUAAGAGAAUAUUAUAAAUACUGUAAUAUAUCACUUUAUUUUAUCAGCAUGCCUUUUUGUAAAUACAAAGAAUUACAAAAAUUAAAUAGAAUGGCUUCUGGCUUAUGCCAUUGUCCAUGUUUAUUUUUAUUUUUUUAAUAUUUUUCCUUUUUUCCUUAGAUUUUAGAUGUUGUCAGCCAAUGUACAUCCCACAAAAACAAACGGACCCCACCCCCAAACAGACAAAGCUUUAUUGCAAAUUAUCUUUACAACGACAAAAAUAGAUCUAUUUUUGGUUUCCAAUGUGCAAUAAGUUCUGACCACUUCUAUGCAAGAUUUGGCUAAACUUCAUAAUUGUUCUGAAGCUGGGCUACCAGUCCGUAUGUGAAGCUUGGUGCAUCUAAUGCUCACGCUGGCACUUCCAUUAAGCCACUAGAAUAAUUGGAAGUUAACCUUCCCUACAAGCUAGAGAUAUUUUUAAAUAUUGGAUCUUUAAUACAAACAGAGGCCAGUGGUAUCACUGAACAAUCAGGCUUGCUGAAAAGAGAUGAAGGAAUGGUUUCCCCAACUGUUGACUGGCAGAGGAGUCGGCUCUCCUGCUCAAGGGAAAGUUUCACAGUUUCUUUGUUUCUGUUUUUUGUCAUUUCCGUUCUGUGGCAGAUACGUCCCUCAGGCAGAGGUCACCGGUGCUGAGAAAAUGGGUCUGCAUUUUUGUUCAUCUUCACCGGGUGAAGUUGAGGGAAGGAAGGAAGGAAGCUUUGGUUCAAAAUAAGACUUGAGUUUAAUAUGCAGUCACGGAAUAGAAAUGCACGCACGAUAGCCAUUAUUAUGUUUUGUAGCAAUGGCCUCAGUUCAGAUACGUGGUACGAGGUGGAAAAAACGACGGCGGGUUCAGGGUUGUGAGAACAAAUUAAGUGUGCCGUUGCCAAGUUAAAGCGCAUUGCCAAAAGGUUUCGUCUGG